GUUCUGAACCAUUUGCAUCUUUGACAGUGUGGAAAUGGUCAGACUGACAUACAAAGAGUUGCAAUAGUCGAGUCUGGAAAGCACAAAUGCAGAUGUUACAAUCUCAAGGUCCUUUCUGGAUAGCAUAGGCUUGAUUCUUGCAAGGCGCCGGAGCCGGAAAAAGCAGGAUCUCACUACGGAGUUCACCUGUGCAUCAAAGGACGAUGCCUCCUGGUCAAACCUCCUCGGUCUCACCUCCAUUUCCUCGCCCCAUCUCCAGACUUCAAACACCUCACCACCAGCCUGAAACCUCAUAGGCUCCAUUUUUCCCCCUGUCCUGGCCAACAUCCGCAGAGGUGAUGCGACGGUUUAUCUACUGCAAGGUGGUGUUGACCACGUCUUUGGUGUGGGUGCUGGUCGAUGUUUUCUUGCUGCUGUACUUCAGUGAGUGCAACAAAUGUGAUGAUAAGGACCACUCUCUGCUCCCUGCCCUCAGAGCAGUGAUAUCUCGGAGCCACGAGGGUCCAGGAGAGAUGGGAAAAGCUGUAAACAUCCCCAAAGAGGAGCAGGAGAAAAUGAAGGAGCUCUUUAAGAUCAACCAGUUCAACCUGAUGGCCAGUGACAUGAUAGCGCUCAACAGGAGUCUACCAGACGUCAGGCUGGACGGCUGUAAGACCAAGGUGUACCCAGAUGACCUCCCCAACACCAGCAUCGUCAUCGUGUUUCACAACGAGGCGUGGAGCACCCUGCUGCGAACCGUUCACAGUGUCAUAAACCGCUCCCCGAGGCACUUGUUAGUGGAGGUUGUGUUGGUGGACGAUGCCAGUGAGCGAGACUUUCUACAGAAGAAGCUCGAGAACUAUGUGCAGACUCUAGAGGUUCCGGUGAGGAUUCUGAGGAUGGAGCAGCGUUCGGGUCUGAUCAGAGCCAGGCUCAGGGGCGCCGCCGCCACCUCGGGGCAAGUCAUCACCUUUCUCGACGCUCACUGCGAGUGUACCGUCGGCUGGUUGGAGCCCCUGCUGGCUCGCAUCAAAGAAGAUAGGACAGCGGUGGUGUGUCCGAUCAUAGACGUCAUCAGCGAUGAGACAUUUGAGUACAUGGCAGGCUCAGAUAUGACUUACGGCGGCUUCAACUGGAAGCUGAAUUUCCGAUGGUACCCUGUUCCUCAGAGGGAGAUGGAUCGACGUAAAGGAGACAGAACACUUCCCGUCAGGACUCCCACCAUGGCAGGAGGCUUGUUCUCUAUAGACAAAACAUAUUUUGAGGAAAUCGGAAGCUACGAUCCAGGGAUGGAUAUUUGGGGUGGAGAGAACCUGGAAAUGUCUUUUAGAAUUUGGCAGUGUGGUGGGUCUUUAGAAAUCGUAACGUGCUCUCACGUGGGGCAUGUUUUCCGAAAGGCGACUCCAUACAGCUUCCCCGGAGGAACGGGCCAAGUCAUCAACAAGAACAACAGGCGCCUGGCUGAAGUCUGGAUGGACGAGUUUAAAGACUUCUUCUACAUCAUAUCACCGGGUGUGAUGCGGGUGGACUACGGAGACGUCUCCUCUCGUAAAGCUCUCAAAGAGACCUUGAAGUGCAAACCUUUUUCCUGGUAUCUCGAGAACAUCUACCCAGACUCCCAGAUCCCAAGAAGAUACUACUCGCUUGGUGAAAUCAGAAAUGUAGAGACCAACCAGUGUGUGGACAACAUGGGAAGAAAAGAGAAUGAAAAAGUCGGCUUUUUCAACUGUCAUGGGAUGGGUGGAAACCAGGUGUUCUCAUACACAGCAGAUAAAGAAAUCAGGACAGAUGACCUGUGCCUAGAUGCGUCCCGGCUCAACGGACCUGUCCUGAUGCUCAAGUGUCACCACAUGAAGGGCAACCAGAUGUUUGAGUACGACGCUGAGUAUGUUGGCAAGUGGGAGUAUGAUUUUGAGAAGCACACCUUCCUCCACAUCAUCACCCAGUCAUGUCUGACCAUCAGCCGCCUGGAGGACGGCACCUACGGCCCAACCGUGGAGUACUGUGACAACAGCCCUCUCCAGUCCUGGAUCCUCCAGAACCAAACCCGUCAAGAGGUUGCUAAACGCCUCUACUACAGCCCGACGGAUUAUUUCCUCUAAACAUACGUCUGCUCUUGGGGCCAUGUUGGGGUGGCCCAAGAGACUCACGCUGCUCCACGUGAACAGCAACCAAUGCCUGGACAUGCCGUCUGAGGACGACAAGAUGGUCCCUACUUUGAGAGAGUGUAACGGCAGCCGCUCCCAACAGUGGCUGCUCCGUAACAUGACCCUGAGUGCCUGAUCCCCCCGCUCUCUGCUGCCGCGUCCUCCUCCUAACCUGUCCUGGCUCUUCACACCCACACCAGGUGGCUCUUAGCCACACAACAUACGCUUCCUCUUGUAACAGCAUGGCCAGCAAACAGAACAGCAGCUGCUUACCACCCUCCACGGAGGAUAUAUUCUCUUACGAGAAGCUGCACCUGCCUUUUUCGACCGCACAGCACGGUGUGGUUUUGGCUCGUUGUCAGGUCCGAGCUGAAGGAGUGGCGCUAGGGGCUUGCGCUUGGAUAUCAAACUGCUGGAAGCUGCACAUCUGCUCAUAAAAGCUGCUCAGCUGGAGAAGAGACCAGUUUGCAGAAUAGCUUUUAAAAUAUUGUAGGACACAACUCAGAGGUGGUCUCCACUGUUAAUGAGAGCAUUAAUGUUUCGGCUGUGGGCACAAUCUGAUGUCAGCACAGCUGGUCGGCUGCACAUCCUCUCACCACCUGUUCUGUCAAGUUGAGAUAAAAGCAAGAGUUUUACUGGCUGACUUUUAAAUCAAUUCCUGUUUUAUACAAAAAUAAUCAUGGAACAUUUAGUUCCCUUUAUGUCUUUUCUCAAAGAAAGAUGGAUAUAUUCUGAGGAGUCUGGGCUUAUAGCUGCUUGGUUUCCCAUGGCAACAGGUGCUGACAUCAGAGAGUCGGCAUCAAUACAGUAAGGGGCACACGGUCAACUCUUGUGGUUCUUUGCUCAGCUCUAGCCCUGUAUAACCUUACGUUGGAACAGGUCCAGCAUUGGUGGGUAAAGACUUAUUUAUUUUUAUUAUUUGUGUAUUUUUAUCUCCUUUGACUCUUUGUGCUGUAAAGUUUAUUCAUCUCAAAAAGAGUCACAGUUGAGGCCAACAAGCCUGCAAGCCUCGCAGAUGCUAACGAAUUUGCAGCUAAUUUAAAAUUAUGGAGGAAACAAAUCUCAAAGGAUAUUUAAUAGAAAAUGAAUAUUUUUAUCAAAUGCAUCAAGAUCAACUGUUAACAAGUCUCUAAAGUUCUCUAAAUAACAUCUUAACAUUAAUCCCUUCAGUUUGAGUUUUAGUAAUAAAUUGUCACCUUUAACCUUCCCAAGCAGGUUGGAAAAACUACUCUGUCCAAAAGUUUAUUCUAAACAUCCUAACAGUCUGCGUGGAAGAGAAAAAAAUCCCUGCAAAUUUUGAUUUGGAGGCAAAAAUAUGAGCUGCUCUUUUCCUUUUGUUUCUCACCACCGUCGUGAACCAAACAGAUUUUCUCAUCAUGACUCGAACCAGUCGGACACCUUCUGUCGAACUCAGCUGCCUUUCACACAUGAAUAUUUAUGAGCUUCACCCAGCCCCUCCAGCAAAAAGAAAUAAUCAUCUGUAGAUGUAAACGAACUCAUUCUGAGGUAAUGAAAACAUUAUCCUAAUUUUUACACGAUUCUCCACUAAUGAAAACAUAAUUACUGGUAUUGUAUCUCAUUCUUAUUAACACACUUUUCUAAAUGCCACACACUGGAGCUUAAUGUCUGCAGAUGAAUUAUAAUCUUACGGUCUUUGAAAUACCUCAAACCUAUCAGAAUUAUUUUCCCUAAUUAAGAAGUCUGACUGGAGCUGCUUCGCAAACAAAAACUACACCUAUGGUUGUAUGAGGAGUGAUAUUUGAGUGCCUUCAGGGGGUUGUUUAGGUUUUUUAUGACAUUAAAUAAUGUUUUAUGUCAGAUACAUUUCCAAUGCAUAUUUAAAAAGUCAGACAUAUCUCAUGAACAUAUUGUAAUCAUAUAUUUUUUUAACAGGUUCCUGGCCUUUACGUUGGAUGUGUAGGCAGGCGUCUCGUAAUGUUCACGAAGCGAUGAAUGCAGCAAUUAGCUGUUAGCUGCUGUUAUAGUUGAUGGGUGUGUUUCCCCCGGCUGUGAAGUGAUGUGUUUUGGAAGUGGAAUGCUUCCAGAAUGCAUUAAGCUCUAGUUCUAGUCAGGCCAGACAGGGAGUCAAACACAAAAGCAGUGUAAAACACACGACAAUCAUCAAAAGACACACAGAUUUCCAGUUGUUUUAAAGCUGCCAAAGCAAAUUUACAGAACAAGCUAUCUUUUGAACACAACCACGGUCAUGGAACACUCACCCCUCCCCUCGAGUGUCAUUCCUGGGCCACGUCCGCUAGAACCGGAAACUUGCCUUGCAAGAGCAAGCGAGAUAGCGUUAAACACCUGUCGCCAUUUUCUAGGUCCAAAUGUUUUUGUUGUCCGUGACUUAAAGUGGUGUUUUUCUUUUUGGAACUCUGGUAGUUGAUCCUAAAGUUGCAGUGGUAGCAGCCAGCUGUUUCCCCUCCACUGAUAUUAUUGAGCGGAGCUCCCCUCACACCAGUGGGGCUUUGUUGCUGAAUGCGAGCGCGUGUAAUGAGUGGAGGACCCAGGAAGUGUGGUUUAGUGAGACUGACAACUGGAUGGUCCAAUGGUUGCAUUUGAUCCGAGCUGUGUUAUUGGUGGAGGACAGAUGCGAGAGAACCACUUCAUAAUUUGUUUUUCAUUUAUUUUUAUCUUCACAUAUUUAUAGCUAUAUGAUGUUAGAAUGUUGUGUUUUAAGCUAUCUUGUUUUCCAAAUUUGAAAUUGUAGCUUUAACUAGUAAAAAAAGAAAAAAACUCUAUUCAUUACCUGUGGAACGUCUGUAGCUGAGGUAAGCAGAACACCAAAUAAACCCCAGACCUUUGGAAUACAUGCGUUUAGCCGGUAAGCCAACUAUUAUAUGUAAAUAUAUUGUCUGGCCACGGCCCAUUGACAGAUCUCAGUCAUGGGGUGGGUUGUUUUUCAAACUGUCUCCACUUGCUAUUGGAUAACAACCAAUGUGAUGUACUCAUCGCUACGGAUGUCAGUCAAUGUGGCAGUCUGCCAUACUUUGUCAAAGAAGAUGCAAAUAAACUUAAGUACCUCUGCUCUUGACUCAAAUUAAAGCUCAAGUCUAAAUAGUCCAACGUUAAUGCCAAAGCCAUUUGAAAUGAGCCGUCGCCAUCUUCUUUUUUUUCAGUAACAUUCCACCCACCGACAGUGCUGUGAUUGGACCACUACAAAGCCGUCGCCAUACUAGUUUCUUUCAGCCGCAGUAACACCCUGCCUACCUGGCCGAUGGAGCGCUGUAAUUAGCUGACCAAACAGAGAGCUGUGAUUAGACCGCUAAGGAUGACAGUCAAAGGGCAGUCCGCCAUACACUUGAAGAUGCAUCAGAGCGCUGUGAUUGGACCGGUACCAGACUGUCCCGGGCUGUGGAGGUUCCCAUGGAGCAUCACUAAGCCAUCAUUUUGCCUCUGCUAUCUGACAAUCUAGAUUCUAGGCUAGCCAUCUUUCUCUUAGCUUGUUAUCCCUCCCACCAUCUUUAUGGGUGACCCCGCGAGGAAAGUUGACCAUUGAGCAGGAUUGAUGGUUUAUCCCUUGAGGUCCACAUGGCAGGGGUGAGGUGGUGCUCACUCCUCACCCCUGCCAUGUGGACCUCAAGGGAUAAACCAUCAACCCUACUCAAUGGUCAACUUUCCACACGGGGUCACACCCAUUAGGACAGUGGGAGGGUUUUUUUUUGUGAACUGUCUAAAUAAUGUGUGGUCUUGCUAUUGCCUUUGGAUAUUUUUGUGACCACUUGGGACCAGCUGUAUGCAACUCUCCUGGUGAGAAGGUGCACACUGCUGAUUUAGCGUCUAAAAUGCGUCUGAUACGUUACGCGCUGACUACGCAUCCAGUGGAAAGGCCUGAUCACAGAGAGAACAUUCUGUGAAUCUUUCACCCUUUGAGUUUUUGUUUAGCUAGGACCAAGCAAGGAAUGUUGUAUAUAAUGGAGUGAACAUGUUUCUACUGUUCAUGUUGUACAUAAUGAAACAAUUAUUUUUCUAAAAUGCUGUGAAACUUGAACACUCCUCGGUGGUGAAGGAAAAAAAUCUCUGAUUAGAGAAAUCCCAGGAACUGCUGUGUUUUUGGAAUAGGAUAAUAAAAACAUGGUGUGCUUUCAAAGUGACCAUCUGUCCCUCUAAAUACAUCCUCCGAACACCUUAAGGACCUCAGGUGAUGUGUACACAAGCGAGUGAAAUCGUAUUAUUGCUACUUGAAUACUGAGUCCUUGCCAAGUGCCUGCUUGGUGUUCAGAUUAGAAUUUGAUGACCUCUUUGAUAUUAAACAGGAAAGGUUUCCUGUUCAUCUUAAAGUACAUGGUGUUAAAAAUAGGAAUGUUAUGUCUCAGCGUGCUGGUUGCAAAGUGAUGUUACCUGUUUGUAUGUCUCACCUUUUUGUAGAGAAAAAUAAAACUUCUUUUCGGAGUAAAAUUAGCAUUUCUCCUUUCCACUGAUUAAAAGGCCUUUAAGUCCCGCGCACAUCUCAUUACCAGGCUUUGUACGUUAAUAAGGCUGAAUGUGGUAAAUUACAAGCUUUCCUUUAUGAGGACAGAGGACAGCACCCGUGGAAAAUAGACUUUUUGUUCGGAGCGUGUAACCGUCAGCAGAUGAAGGCACGCCUGACACGGGUCAUUAUUUUUUUGUUCAUUUUUAGCUAAGAAGUCUUGACCUUUCAGAAGGCUGUGCUUUGUUGAAAUCUGAGUGACAAAAUUGCUCCCCCCAAAAAGGGGCUGGAAAAAAGUAGUGUGUGAAUAUUACACCCUUAUUUUAAAGAGCUUGUAUUAUUCUUUUGAGGUGUUUUUUCACUAACUUGUAUGUGAUUUUUAGCUUUAUGCCUAAAAGAUCCACACAAAAGGUUGUUAUUUUAUCUGUAAUCCAGAUUAAUUUUUCUUCCUAAGAAACAAUUAAAAUAGAAAAUGCUUAACGCACACCUAAUGGCUUGUUUACGUCAUACAAACAGUGAGCAGCCUCAUCAUGCUGUCAUAGACUACAAAAGGUUAAGCUACUAAAACUAACCAGCACAGAUUUUAAACCUUAAAUCAAAUUGGGCUCCUUAGAUAUUCUAUUUAAUGUAGUAAAGACGUUUUCAUUAAAACCAUCUUAUGCUAAGAUUUGGAGUUUAAAAUGAUGUUAUGCACAGUUUUGCAGAAAAAUGCUAAACUGUUUUGAACUGAUAUUGCAAAUCAAUCAACGAUGAGAAUGUUGUUCUUUUGUUCAUCCCUCCAAAUUUUACUUUUGUUUGCCAAGUGACCAAACUGUGAGUUGGCUCAACUGACAGAAAAGCCUCUUAUAUAGACUGCUCUACAUGACUCUCACAUAGGAAACAGCUAGCAUGACGUCUUCCAAAGGGUAAGUAUGAAACGCUAGAGAAAAGUGCAGAAGGGAUGUAAAAUAACAUCAAUACACUGAAAUAUGGCAGUAUUUCAUGUUAUGGUACUGUAUUAAUAUUUAAAAGCGGUGUACAGAUUUUUUGUGUGUGGUGCAAUUCAAACUCCAUCCGCUAGGUGGCAGCAGUUUUUACUGUCUUCAUUCUGAUGGUACAAGAGCUCAAUAACACUGGAUGUGUCUUGGAAGCAUCGGGUCUGAGUUUUCCAAUUAAGUUCAGUCUUUAAAAUUACAAAUAGAGAGCCUGAGUUACGCCCAUCUAGUCUUGGUCCCCUACUGCCAAAGUAUGAUGGGAGUCUAUGGGCUGAAAAAAUAAUUUUCUGAUCCUUUUUAAUAUGUGCUAUGUUCAUGUAUUUAACAUAUGUCUGUGGAUUUUAAAGGUGCGGUUUAUUCGUUUAUUCAAUCCAUUUGCAGUGUUUUUUACGGUGGCCCUGAAGUGCAAAUCACACCAACAAAUCACUAAACACAUACAAAUAAGAAUCACACAAAGAAAUGAAGAAUAACAUGAAAAAAAUUAGAAAAACAUACAAAUGAAGAAAAACAAACAAAUUAAGAACACAUACAAAUGAAGAAUGACACAAAGAAAUUAAGAAAAACACAAACAAAUUAAGAAAAACACACAAAAAAAGAACACAAACAAAUUAAGAAAAACACAAACAUUAAGAAAAACUCAAACAAAUUAAGCAUAACACAAACUAAUUAGGACAAACACAAAGAAAUUAAGAAGAACACAAAGCAAUUUAGAAACCAGAAAGGGUAGGCACCAGUCAGCAACAGGAAACAUCACUGAUUGGCCAACUGCGCUGCUUGUCUUGUGACCCAGAAGUUACUCUAUUUGUAGCGCAUUUUCCAAACAUGAACAUUAGCGGUGACCACAUAGCUGCCUCUAUUCAAGAAUAUUUUGAUUCAGGACAUACAUACGAGGUGAUACAGGAUAUGCUCAAGUCUAAUCAUGACAGCAGCUAUGUGUUUGUGUGGUUCUUAUUUGUUUGUGUGCUUCUCAAUUUGUAGUUGUAUUUAGUGAUUUGUUCGUGUGAUUUACACUUCAGGGCCACCAUAGUUUUUUUAAUGUAACUCAAUGUCUGAUGAGUCAUUAAAAAAAGCUAUGAUGCUGCAGAAGUUUGCUGGUGCAGAGGUGAGCUGUAAAUAGCAGGAUUGCUAAUUAAUAUUAAUGAAAUGUGCACACCUCUCCUUUUAUUGGCAAACAGAACAUGUUCAGCUAUGUUGCAAAAUCACUAUCAGCAAGAUACUUUCUCGCUCUUUCUCCUCAUUGCAAAACAGUAAAAAAAGUCUUCCUGUGGGCGGGCACGAGCCAAGAUGGCCGAGGCCAUGAAUGCAAAGUGCACAGUGUGACAUAGAUAUGUAAGGAUUUUCAAAUCCUAGCAUUUCGCAAUCUAUUUUCUAUCAGAAGCUAAUGCUGAAGAUAGGUGUAGAAGACUUUUUUCAUAUUCAGCCUGCAUGAAAAACUCAGAAUGACCGAUUACAAUCAGAAAUAAUACUUUAAAAUGUUUUUUCAGUCAACCACACCUUUAGAGCUCCGGACCCAUUUUAGCAGGAAAAAAAGGUAAACAAACAUGGAUGUAACCAUGAACGUGAACGGGAUCCGCUUGGAUUUUACUUCGUCGGAGUUUACUUCACACUUUAAAACCGAAGACAUCGUUUUAUAUAGUCAGAAAUUAAAUAGACUAAACAUCUCCGACCCUUACCGUGCCCCUGGGAUACUUUUUAAAAACGCCAGAAGCUGUCGGAGCGGACUUCUUACCGGUGUUGUGCCAUAGAUCACACACAUAGAUUGUGCCUGGGAACCCCUUGGGAUUCCCCCGGCCGGAGGAGCUGGGGAGAGGUCUGGGACUCUCGACGCUACUGCCCGCUCCGAUGCCAGAAGCUGUCGGAGCGGACUUCUUACUGGACCUGGCCGGGGAACCCCUUGGGAUUUACCCGGAGGAGCUGGCGUAAACGGCAGCACGCAGAACUCACGAGGCAACGUUUUACGUGAUGCUUACUUGUUGCUGUGAGUAAUAAGCAGUGUUGGGAACGUUACUUUAAAAAAGUAAUUAGUUAUAGUUACUGAUUACUUUGUCAAAAAAGUAACUCAGUUACUAACUGAGUUACAAGAUCAUAAAAGUAACUAAUUACCAACAAAAGUAACUACUUAGUUACUUUUUCAUUAAAGAAUGCAAGAAUUACUACAAUAGUAAAAUAUAAAUGACUAAUGACUGAACAUAAUAAAAUGUAUGUCCAAAUGUUUUAUAUAAACCUGAAUAAUUUAAACAAAUUAACACUUAACAGGAGGAACUACUAAUAGGAACAUUACACUAAUCUAGACUAUUAAAAGGUCACUGUGUGAUAUUUAACAAAAACCCAAUCAGCUAAAAUUUAAAAUUGAUAAUAGAAACACCUGUAAAGGUUCCUGAGCCUUUAAAUCUCAGUCUAGUUAAAUUACAGAAAUAAAUGUAAUUUUGCACAGUAUUUUAAUUUUUCCAGCUUCACAUAAUUGUGUGUUUUUAGCAGCAUUUCUGUUGCAGGUAAUCUAGUAACGGUUAAAUAAAUAAAUAAAAUCCUUUAAAAUGACACUAGAAGAGGCACAAGCCUGAUGGAGGACUCACAUUUACUAACAUGGGUCAGACCCAACCACAGAAGAGCUGAAGCUGGGUGGUGAACACACACAGGUAGUUCUGAUAACACCUGAGCUCCAUGCCGUCUGAGACUGAUGCAUCAGUGUUACAGCGGGACUAAAGACAUGAUCAGAAACAGGUUACAGCUGGAUGAUCUAGGAAGGUAGAAGAUCAGGACGUCUGAGCGGUGAACAGGUGAGCGGACCUUCGGGACGUCCCGCUGUCACGCUAAGAAGGGCACUGCUGCAGAUCCGCAGAUUCGCUGCUGCAGCAACAAGUCUGCGGGGGUCUGCAGCCGUAGAUAUUCAUCACGUCUUCCUCGUUCUUCACGGGCCAUGACGCACUUGGAUGAAAACAUCUACCUCUUUAGCUCCUGAUCAGCUGAUGACAGCUUCAACACACCGCGCUGCUUAACGCACGCUUUUUCUUAUCAGUAACAGAAACGACGUUUUGAUAAAAGAAGACGUAAUUAAUUAGUUUGCUCGUUACAGAAAGAAAUAUUUUUUAUUAACGCGGUUAUUUUAAACGGAGUUAUUCCCGUUGGGUCUUAGGAAGCCCACUAAGAAUUGUAAUAAAAGCAUUUAAAAUAAAUACCACACACAGUUGAGGAAACGUUGGUUUAAGUACCUGACAUGAAGUGGUCGCUGCAUAAGCGAAAACCUUUACUCUCAGGAUCCCACAGUUUCCUUUUAGCCCGGUCACUAGCGCGUUUUAUUACAAUGAUCCAAUGUUUGCGGCGCUCCGGAUCUUGGGGAAUCCUGUAGAUGGCUCAUUCCCUAUGUCGUCCGCGUCUGUUUUGCAUCCUGGGGCACAACAGGAAUCUACCAUAUUUCCCGUUUGAUUGAGUUUUCUGACAAUAACAAAUAGUCCAGCUGCUGGCUUCUGCCUGCCAAAUGGCGCCGUUUUGAUUUGAACUGUUGCAUGCCGGGAAACGUGACGUCAACUUCCAGAGCUCUUUAAAGACACAUUUUGGUGCCAAGAAAGUGUUUCUUCCAUCCGGCGGUAAAGUUUUUUUUUUUUUUUAGGUUUUGUCUUAAAACACGUAGUGAACUCCAACUGCUCAUCUCCUCAAACUGACAUCAUCAGGGACGCCUCCAGAAAAUUUUGAUAGGGGUGGCCAGAUGGGGCAAAAUAAAUCUUUGGGAUGGCACAUCAAAUUGGUCCUUGUGGUAACACUGGGAGAAUUUAGCCUGUGGUGAUGUACUGCAUUGCUCCUUUAUUCGUUCUUUGCAAAUUUCUAGGGUUGGCCAUGGCCACCCCUGGCCACCCCUUGGGGCGCCCUUGGACAUCAUCAAACCAGACAAGGAGAUGAGAAAAUGGCUGCAAGUUUAGUGAACUUUGCAUCGUUCUUCUAGGAUGAAAGAAGCAGCAUUAAAUGUGGAGAAAACCACUAUAAAUUACAAGCAAAUUAAUCUCAAAUCAUGUGACAGACACAGUUGAAACACACACUUAUUUUUCCUUUAAAUAGAAGUACAACAUUUGUGUGAUUCAGUGCAGUUUUCUGGGUGGUUAUGAUGCACAAAAACCUAUUUUAGAGACAGAAUAUUCUAUGAAAACAUGACUGCUCCAGAAAGUAUUAUUUUAAAAGCUGACCAUAAUACUUUUAAAAGUUAAUUUUCACAUAUUAUGGUAAAUGGUAAAUGGCCUGUAUUUGAUAUAGCGCCUUCUAGAGUCCUGGAACCCCUCAAGGCGCUUUACAACACAACCAGUCAUUCACCCAUUCACACACACAUUCACACACUGGUGGGGAUGAGCUACGAUGUAGCCACAGCUGCCCUGGGGCGCACUGACAGAGGCGAGGCUGCCGAGCACUGGCGCCACCGGUCCCUCUGACCACCACCAGCAGGCAGCUUGGGUUAAGUGUCUUGCCCAAGGACACGACAGCGACAGACUGAGCGGGGCUCGAACCUGCAACCUUCCGAUUACGGAUUAUAGCUUAAUCCAUAAAUUUGUAUUUAAAGUACAGACUAAAGUAAGUAAUUAUGCUAAGCUUUUAGAUUUUCACUCCCAUCUCAAAGGAUUUUAUUGAAUGUUUUGUAAACCACUACACAAAGAAUGCUUUAACAGCUGUGGAAGAGUCGACAACACAUCAGAGUCUCACUACUUUCUCAGCAGGGGCCCUUCAGGGACCAACGAAGGUUUCAGACUCUCACACCUGUAGGAAACCAAACACGGGCUCGUUUACUGGUCCCACGAGGAUAAGAUAGUUUUGUGGCCAAGCCAGAGGAGUCCAUUAAGGGGUGUGAUGCCUUUGAAUACUGGCCCUAAUGGAAGCCUUAUCAGUGGCUGUCUGAGGCAGAAGAUACCCAACACAUAGGCUGCAUAAAUCUCAGUUAUUUAAAGCAUGGGCUCAUUAAAACAGGAAAUAUAAACA